GUUCUUAGGACCCAUCUGGUGAGCAUAGAUCAAGACACUUAUAGUGUUCUACAGAUUUUUAAGAGCGAGUCUCACCCCUCAGUGUACAAAGUAGCCAGUGGACUGAAGGAGGGGCUCAGCCUCUUUGGAAUCCUCAACAGAUGCCACAGUAGGUGGGGAGAGAAGCUGCUCAGGCUAUGGUUCACACGUCCAACGCAGGACCUAGGGGAACUCAAUUCCCGUCUGGAUGUCAUUCAGUUUUUUCUGCUGCCUCAGAAUUUGGACAUGGCUCAGAUGUUGCAUCGGCUGCUUGGUCAUAUCAAGAAUGUGCCUCUGAUUCUGAAACGCAUGAAGUUGUCCCACACCAAGGUCAGUGACUGGCAGGUUCUCUACAAGACUGUGUACAGUGCUCUGGGCCUAAGGGAUGCCUGCCGCUCCUUGCCUCAGUCCAUCCAGCUCUUUCGGGACAUUGCCCAAGAGUUCUCUGAUGACCUGCACCACAUUGCCAGCCUCAUUGGGAAGGUGGUGGACUUUGAGGGCAGUCUUGCUGAAAAUCGCUUCACAGUCCUCCCCAACAUAGAUCCUGAAAUUGAUGAGAAAAAGCGAAGGCUGAUAGGACUUCCUAGUUUCCUCACUGAGGUUGCCCGGAAAGAGCUGGAAAAUCUGGACUCUCGUAUUCCUUCAUGCAGUGUCAUCUACAUCCCUCUGAUUGGCUUCCUUCUUUCUAUUCCCCGCUUGCCUUCCAUGGUAGAGGCCCCUGACUUUGAGAUUGAGGGACUGGAUUUCAUGUUUCUCUCAGAGGAGAAGCUACACUAUCGUAGUGGUCGAACCAAGGAGUUGGAUGCAUUGCUGGGAGACCUGCAUUGUGAGAUCCGAGACCAGGAGACCCUGUUGAUGUACCAGCUGCAGUGCCAAGUGCUGGCACGGGCCACUGUCUUGACCCGGGUAUUGGACCUUGCCUCCCGCCUGGAUGUCCUGCUGGCUCUUGCUAGUGCUGCCCGGGACUAUGGCUACUCAAGACCCCGUUACUCCCCCCAGCUCCUUGGGGUACGAAUCCAAAAUGGCAGACAUCCUCUGAUGGAACUCUGUGCCCGAACUUUCGUGCCCAACUCUGCAGAAUGCAGUGGGGACAAAGGGAGGAUCAAAGUCAUCACUGGACCCAACUCCUCAGGAAAGAGCAUAUACCUCAAACAGGUAGGCUUGAUCACAUUCAUGGCCCUUGUGGGCAGCUUUGUGCCAGCAGAGGAGGCUGAAAUUGGGACAGUAAACGCCAUCUUCACCCAAAUUCAUAGCUGCGAAUCCAUCUCCCUUGGCCUCUCCACCUUCAUGAUCGACCUCAACCAGGUGGCAAAGGCUGUGAACAAUGCCACCGCACAGUCUCUGGUCCUCAUUGAUGAAUUUGGAAAGGGAACCAACACGGUGGAUGGACUGGCACUUCUGGCUGCUGUGCUCCGACACUGGCUGGCGCUUGGCCCCACAUGUCCCUACAUCUUUGUGGCCACCAACUUCCUGAGCCUUGUUCAGCUACAGCUGCUGCCACAGGGGCCCCUUGUGCAGUAUUUGACCAUGGAGACCUGUGAGGAUGGGAACGAUCUGGUCUUCUUCUAUCAGGUUUGUGAAGGUGUUGCCAAUGCCAGCCAUGCGUCCUACACAGCUGCCCAAGCUGGGCUUCCUGACAGACUCAUUGCUCGUGGCAAGGAGGUUUUAGACUUGAUCCGCAGUGGAAAACCCAUCAAGCCUGUCAAGGAGUUGCUGAAGGAGAAGCAAAUAGAGAACUGCCAGAGAUUAGUGGACAAGUUUCUGAAACUGGAUUUGGAAGACUCUAACCUGGACUUGGACAUUUUCAUGAGGCAGGAAGUACUGCCUGCCGCCACCACUAUCCUCUGAGAGUCCUUCCUCUACUUUCCUUAACUUUCUGUGACCCUGAUUGGCUGCCAUCCCUCUUUGUUUCCUUAUUUCCUUCAGACCUAGAGUUCUUUAAGAAUAAAGUUUAUUUUGGA